UCUGGGUCAAGCGUGCUUGUGGAUCUGAUAUACAGAGUUGUUCUGCAUGGAGUUGUUAGCGUACUUUCGGUUUGGAGUAACAUUCCAGUGUAUUUAGGAUUAUAUUUCGGAUUCUCCAUAAUCAAAACCUUCCACCAUGGAGCUUGAAACAACGGUUAUCAGACGUGCGCCCCAUUCAUUCGUGCGCCGAGCCCAAUCUGAGUACGCGUACCAAGAAUACACGUGGGCCAUGUCGGAGGGAGCAAAAGACCUCAUGUCCGAGGUCAAGUCCUUCUGUGCUCGUCUAGACCAUGUCUUCUCUUGGAAAAAGAGGGAUCCGCAGACCCAGCGGCUCCUGGAGGAGGCCAAGUCCCUGCUGCAGAACCUCUCCACAGCUUACCAGAAGUUAUCUUCUGGCCCUGGGACGCCAAGGCAGAGUCGAGGCGCUGGCAUGGGACAAAUGUGGGUGAAACUGGACGAGCUGAAGAGGGAAAACGACGAUCUGAAGCGGCUGCUGAGUAAAAACCAGGACGAGAGGCUUCCACAUAUCGCUAACAAACCACAGGGUCCUGGCGAGGUGAUAAUCUCCGAGCUACACAAGGUGAAGAGUGAGAACGAAGGACUACGAGAAGAACUGGAGAAGGCACACAGAGAGAUUAAGGAGCUGACGAUGGUGAACGCUAAUCUGCAGGACGAGUACAAGAGAAACAAAGUGGCACUGGAAACCAUACAAGACUCCCAGGAGCAGUUCCGGAGAGAGAAGAAGACGUUAGAAACAAACCUUAGUAAUGCUCAAACGGAAGUAGACAGCUUGAAGAAAAAGUUAGCCUCAGCCCCAGACUCCAAACCUCCGCCUAUCCCCGCCAAACCCGCCAUCAAACCGGCCGUCAAGCCCAAGUUCGUCCCAGACAAGCGAGCUUUCGAGAACAUAAAUGAGAAGUGUCGACCGAGUGUGAUCGCCAUGCGCUACAAUGCUUUAGAAAGCGAAGAGUGGAUAGAUGCUAAAGAAGCUCUGGAAGAUAAUUUCGACAAAAACGAGGAUGAGAUUGUAAAAUUUCUUAGCGACCUACUCAUGAACACAUACAGCAGCUGUAAAGACGUGUACAACAAUAUGAUCGUCAGCUUCCUAGAGCGGCUCAAACAACCACAGUACUGCAGAAGGUCACAGAGUACGAGAACUGUUCCUCCGUAGACCAAACCACUACCUGACGAUCUCAAAGAGGCCAUCCAUUCCGUGCUGAAGCAGAACUGGAGAACCUGGACACUAAACCCGUCACAGAGAUGGCGAUCUCAAAAACUUCCGAAGAUCACAGAGAUCUAGUGGAAAGUGCAUUAUUAGAGAACAAGGCAUUAGGUCGCUAUCUUCAUGAGAGCGCGCGGUUGACCUGGCAAAUGGUGAUCCAGCAGCCGGCCAUGGCAUUUAUCCACGAGUGACGUCACCUAUGACGAGGAGAGACACAAGCUGUGGUGGUCAUGUGACCAAAGUGGAUCGGGACAAAUCGACUAUUUUGUAUGGCCAUCACUAUAUGACUGUGAAAAU